ACAGGUUGGUUCCAAAAUGGUGGUCGUUUGUUGUGGCUUUCAAGUGAUUUGUUAAAUAUUUCAUAUUUAACGAAUAAGCGCGGGAUAUGUGGCUUGAAAUUCGCUUUCGGCGUCAAAUGCAGUAGAUGCAAUUGCAAUUGCUUCAUUAAAAUGUUCAUAAUUAAUUUUUUGGUAUUUUUAUAAUAGAAGUAAAAGAAUGGAUGAUAAAGAAGUGUCAGAUAGUCCAGAUAAGUCGGUGACUGUAGAUGAUAAAGAUGUAGACAAAUUAGAGGAUACAUCAUCUCCUGGAGAGGUUAAAGUUACUGAAAGUGGUGAUAACGGGAAAGUGAUUGAAAGUGAAGAUAUUGCGAAAGUGUCUGAAAGUGACGAUAUCGCAAAAGUGAUUGAAAGUGACGAUAUCUCAAAACUGACAAAAUGUGACGAUAUUGCGAAAGUGACUGAAAGUGAGAAUAUCGCGAAUAUAACUGAAAGUGAAAAUGUUGCGAAAGUGACUGAUAGUGAUGAGCACGCUAUAGUAACUGAAAGUGCUAAAUCCACCGAAGCUAUAACUGAAAGUGGUGAAACAAAUAGUGAUAUAAAAAGCUCUAGCAAUGUAAAUAGUGAAAGUUUAAGUGAAGUAGAUAAUAGUGUAGAUCAUGAAAUACAAAUUGAAGGCAACAAUUGUGAAAGACUUAGAAAAACUGUGGUAGAUGAAGUGGAUAGUGUAGAACUAGAUAAGAAACACGGGAUAACCAAAAUCAAAGACAGUAAAAAUGCUACAGAUACAACGACGGUCUCAGAAGAAACAUUAAAAGAGGAGCCAAUAGCGAAAGAAAGUGUAGAAGAAAAUGAGUUAAAAAUAGAAACAGCUACUGAGACUUCAGCGGGACCUAAAUAUCUAGAUAAUACUAAAGAAACAAUAUCAAAACAACAAAUUAAAACUAUUGACGAACAAAAUAGUGAAAAUAAAGAUGAAGAUGAUGACAGAACUGAUGACAGAAAUCCGGAGUUUGAAACUGCACCAAAUUGUUCUAUUGAUGAGCAUCAAGAAGAUCACACUCAGGCACUAGAUCCUUUUGAUGCACUAUUAAGAGAUCGUACAGACACUGCAACAGAAAGUGAAACUGCUACACAAUCAACAGUAGCAGUUACUAUUGAAGAAGAUGACGACGAUCACAACGCUGACCAGACUCAAGGUGAUAUUGGACAAGAUGAUGAUAUUGAAGAUGACCAUCCACCAGAGGAUGAUUGUAUAACACAGAUGGUAGGCCGACCAGGUGCUGAUGAAGAAGUUUGUCUGUUACCAGACACAGAACGAGAGAUUUCAGAGGCAGAUAAAGUGGCGGCUGAAAAAGUUUUGGCUGAGAAAAGAAAACGAGAUGAAGAAGCAGCACUUGCGGCUGAAUCAGCAGUUCCAAAAGAGGAAACUGAAACUGCUGAAUGUGCUGAAAGUAUAUCAGAGGAGACAGCUCUUGCAGACGAUGUCUGUGAAUCUGUUGAUGCAGAUCCUGGCACUGAAGAUGUGUCUCAAGAAAAUGGAGAUAAGGAAAAUGAACAUGAGGAAGCAACAGAACUCGAAUGCAAUCAACCAAACAUUAUACAGCAAAUAAGUUCAGUUGACAGUACUUGUUCACAAUGUAAAAUAGAAAGAUCCUGUCAGUAUAGAUUUAGCGACAAAAAUGGGGGAUAUAAUUACUUAUGUGAUUUAAACUGUGUUAAUACUUUUCAAAACAAUAAUCCAGGACAGUAUUUACUAGUGAAUAAAAAGUACAUUGUUGAAGAAAUUAUACCUAAAAUGCUGACAUGCUCAGAAUGUGAAGAAAAGAAAAUGUGCUAUUUUUAUUACAAUUUUGAUGGAGAAGACACAAAUUACUGUUCACUGGAAUGUUUGCACAGUAUGAUGGCUGAUGAGAAAGAUUGUUAUACACUAAAAAAACGUAGGAUAACUGUUGUUGAGAGAUCUCCAAAACAAAGCACAUGUUGUGUGUGCAAUGAUACAAAAAGUUGCAUCUAUGCUUUCAGCAGAUAUGGAAUUCCUCAAAUGAUAUGUGAACAAACUUGUCUACAAAAUUUAAACAUAAAAGAAAAUGACAGGUAUUUAUUGAAAAAGAAAAGAGUAACACGUAACCAACCCCAAGCUAAGCCCGCUAAUACUAACCCUCCUCUUCUGAAAUUGAAAGUUAUUAGCAAUGCGACAGAUAAAUAUUUAGGUGAAGCGUAUAAAAUACAAGCAAAAACCCCAGCAAUGGUUCAAGCGGCACGUGAAGAGAGAGAACGAACAUUUAGGCGUGUAUGUAACCAUUGUCAUUGUUUACUUACAAAUGAAGAAAAGAUGCUCACCUGGGAAGCUAUGGACUUUUGUAACGAACUAUGUCUCGGAAGGUAUCAAAACAAAUUUGGAGCUAAAUGCAUUAAUUGUAAUAAAGAUGUUCAGCAUACAAGCUUAGGGAAAUAUUGCGUAAGAUUUGGUUGCGACAUACGACAGUUUUGCAAUUCAGCUUGUUUGGAAGAAUUUAAAAAAGGAUUAAAAAUAUGUUGCUACUGUCAAACAGAUAUAUCAUCGGGGCACAUGGGCUUUCUAGCACCUGUCGGUGACAAGGGGCAGUUUAAAGAUUUUUGUUCGCAAACUUGCAUGGAAAAGUUUGAUCAGAUGAGUAAGAAUCCUAUCCCACAGCCAGUGUGGGCUAAGUGUGCUGUUUGCUCUUUAGAAAAAGCGACAACUAUUGAGAUUGAAGUGAGUAAAGAUGUUACUCAGAGGUUGUGUUCUGAUCCAUGUUUUGCUGCUUUCAAAUUUGUUAAUAACAUUUUUCCUGAUCAAUGUAGAUGGUGUAAAAAAUAUUUCGAAAGAAAAGCAGGUUUAUUCUUUACUAUCUAUGAGGCCUCAGUUCCACACUGUUUUUGUUCUAAGUCUUGUAUGAAUAUAUACAUAAGUAACUCACGACACAUAGUGCCGUGUGAUUGGUGCAAAGUAAAGAAAUAUAAUUUCGAUAUGAUAAGAAAAUCACAAGGAAACGGACAGGCCGUUAUGAUGUGCUCAAUAAACUGCUUGAAUCUAUAUCAAGUUUCUGUGAAUGCUGUGUCGUCAAGGAGAAUGAAGUGCGACAUGUGCAAGGUAACAGCGCUGGCGCAGUAUCACCUAACGAUGUCAGAUGCAACUGUACGCAACUUCUGUACCUACCAGUGCGUCAUGACGUUUCAGGGUCAAUAUUCAAAACAAGUGCCCGCGGUAGUUCCAGGAGAAUCUAUUGACCAAGCAAAAGCUGUCCCAACAGGUUCACCUAGACGAACAUACUCGGCAGCCACUCAUAAAAAGAAUGCUGUGAAAAAUCAACAGAGGGUCGGUAUGCCGGUGAUAUCAAAUGUUCAUUCGUUGGCGCCACCCCCGCCCUUAGUGCAAACUGCAACGACCCGUGCGAAAUCAAAACGAAACCAGACAGUCGAACCGGAACCCGAGCAAGCUCCAAAAAGCCCUCCUCCACCGCCCAAACCCGCUACCCCUCCUCCACCUCCACCUCCUAAGAUAUACAACCAUGUGAUAGUGAAAACCUUGCCGCCUCAUGAAGUAGCCAAUAAAGCUACGAUGUCGAAACCAAUGAUGGUCUCAAAGGGAGUUUCGUGUCGUCCCCAUCCUUGUACUAAGGAAUGCCAAACUGACCCUAGUCUAGAAAGAAGAGUUCUAAUUCCUGUACCCGUCCCGAUAUAUGUACCAGUACCUUGUGUAAUGUGGUCCCUACCCUUCCCUGUUCCCGUUCCCAUACCUAUUCCUAUCCCUACUCCUGUAUUUAUCCCUACAACAAGAAAUUCAGCUAAGGGUAUCAUGAAGGAAAUCAAUAAAAUACACGAUAAAAUGCCAACCGACCCAAUUGAAGCUGAAAUACUUAUGAUGGCAGAAAUGGUAGCUGGAGAUAAAAAGAAAGAUCAGAGUGAUUCAGAUACUGAGGAUGAAAAUGAGGAAGGUUUUAGUCCAGUAGGUGGCAUGGACGGUAACAACGCGUUUGGUGAAGACAUGCUACAAAUGGCACUAAAAAUGGCCACAGAGUAUGAAGACCAACCAGUCGACCUAGAAUCUGCUAUGACUGCUAACACUAUUACGCCUAGUUCACACCCGGGAAUGCCUGGGCUGGAGGGCGAGGGCGUGCACCAGCACCACAUGAUGGUGCUGGAGCAGCAGCGCGCGGUGGCGGCGCUGCGUGCGGGCGCGGGCCGCAAGCGCGCGCCGGCGCCGCCGCCCGCGCCUCGCGCGCGCCCCGCCAAGCGCCGCCGCGAGCCCGCGCCCGCGCCGCCGCCCGAGCCGCCGCGCGAGCCGCAGGAGAAGCCCGACGCCAACAUGUGCCUCAAGUAUACAUUCGGUGUCAACGCAUGGAAACAGUGGGUGAUGACGAAAAACGCGGAAAUAGAGAAAAGUUCGAUACGAAGGAAGCCGUUCAAGUCGGAGAUACUUCAGUUAACAGCAGAUGAACUGAACUACUCGCUAUGUCUGUUUGUGAAGGAAGUCCGCAAACCAAACGGCAGCGAAUACGCACCGGACACUAUUUAUUAUUUGGUUUUAGGUAUACAGCAAUAUUUGUUUGAAAAUGGUAGGAUAGACAAUAUAUUUACGGAUCCAUAUUACGAAAAGUUUACGGAUUGUUUGGACGAAGUAGCGAGGAAGUUUUCGGUUUUAUAUAAUGACUCACAAUACAUAGUAACUCGAGUAGAAGAAGAACAUUUAUGGGAAAGUAAACAGCUCGGCGCGCACUCGCCACACGUUCUGUUGUCUACGCUUAUGUUCUUCAAUACAAAACAUUUUAAUCUUGUGACAGUGGAUGAACACAUGCAACUAUCGUUUUCUCAUAUAAUGAAACAUUGGAAACGCAAUCCGAACCAGCCCGGCCAGGCCAAGAUACCCGGUUCUAGGAAUGUUCUAUUACGGUUCUAUCCACCACAAUCUGCACUGGAGGCAAAUUCAAGAAAAAAGAAAGUAUAUGAACAACAAGAAAAUGAAGAAAAUCCACUUAGGUGUCCUGUUAAAUUAUAUGAAUUUUAUAUUUCUAAAUGCCCGGAGUCGGUGCGCACGCGCAACGACGUGUUCUACCUGCAGCCGGAGCGCUCGUGCGUGCCCGACUCGCCCGUGUGGUACUCCACGCAGCCGCUCAGCCGCGCCGCGCUCGCCAAGAUGCUGCACCGCGUCAAGAUGGUCAAGGAGAUCAACAUCGCGCUGCUCACCAGCUAAGGCUUUAUUCAACAAGUAUUCGGUGGUUUUUGAAGAAUUUACGACGUCUGUUGCAAAGUCUUGUGGCGCUUUGUGGUGAUUUAUUUAAGUUAAUUAACUGCAGUGUUUAUUAAAUACAAAUGUUUUAAUUGUGGUUGUAAAGAUAGUAACAAUGUAUAUUUUUUCUACUUUGUAUAUCAGUCUGUGGAUGAACAGUUUAUUGUUAUCAAAGUUUUAUACUAGAUGACUUUUUAAAUGAUAUUGAAAUGAGUUAUAUCUAUGUAAUUUGUGCAGGACUGUUUAUAUGUAAACUUCGGUUUAACUAUUAUUCAUUUGCUGAUUUGCUGGAAUGUAUUAUUAUUGUUUUUAAUAUCCUAAUAUAAUACAAAUAACUAAAACUA